GCGGUAUUUCUGACAGCACCGGAAUGCACCACAAGUCCAUCCUCCCCAUCAGCAGUCUGGUCAACAACAUUUCGACUCAGGACCCACCAGCAAACUUCACCGACUCUCUGCUUUGUAGAACACCGACAUGGAUGCCCUCAAGUCGGCUGGGAGAGCUAUUAUCCGGAGCCCAAGUAUGGCGAAACAGUCCUGGAAUGCUGGCAGACACAGAAAGCUUCCAGAGAACUGGACUGAUACACGGGAGACCAUCUUGGAGGGCAUGACCUUUAACCUUCGUCACCUCGGCAUGACACUAGUGGACCAGCCCAAAGGAGAGGACCUGUCCGCGGCUGCAGUAAAGAGGAUUGUGGCCACGGCUAAAGCCAGUGGGAAGAAGCCUCAGAAGGUUACUCUCAAGGUUUCCCCUCAGGGAAUCGUCCUGCAUGACAGCCUGACCAAUAAACUCCUGGAAAACGUAUCCAUAUACAGAAUAUCCUACUGCACAGUGGACAAACUGCAUGAUAAAGUAUUCGCCUAUAUUGCUCAAAACACCCUCAAUGGGACCCUGGAAUGUCACGCCUACCUCUGCUCCAAGAGGAAAGUGGCACAGGCCGUAGCCUUGACAGUAGCCCAGGCUUUCACAGUAGCAUUUGAACUGUGGCAAGUAGCUAAAGAAGAGAAAGGGAAAAGAGCGAAGUCUGGUUCAGCCGGAGAGGCCAGCAGCAGUUCCCAUUCAGAGAGAUCCAACAGCUUGGGGAGCCUGAAGGGGACAGAUGUUGCCACAGACAACCUAUUGAACUUUGAUGACGGUGUGAACGUGGUAGUGGAGACCAAUGGGAAUGUAGAGGAGGAUCAUCUGGAUAACCGCAGGCCCUCUGAGACCAAUAAUAACCCUACCUGGGAAAUAGAAGAUGGUUUGGAUGAAGCUUUCUCCAGCCUGGCAGUGUCACGUACUAACCCCCAGGUCCUGGACAUUGGGGUGACCCCCCAGGAGUGGCUCACUGAACCUGACGGGAACUGCACCAAUGGAAACUCUCUCACCUGUCUCAGACCUUUUGAGGACGACGUCUUCCGCUUCUGACCAGCACAACACCUGCAGAGUGACAACAACGAAGGCGAGGAGGGCUGCCUUUAUGUCUUCCUGUGAAUUGGCAUCACUUUGUGUUUAAGACAAGGCUACAGUAAGUCCAUAAGGGAAAGGUGUGAGAACUGUGAGAUUGUGACGUUUGGCCUCUCUUCACCUUGUUGUUGCUGCUCUCUUCACAUGGACAAAUCCUUCUCCUCUUUGUGGAAACACACCAAAGCAAUAAUAUCAUCCUCUUAUUACACUGCGUUACAAACACAUGUUCACAAAGUCUUUUAUGUAAACAUUUGUUAUCUUUUGUUUGAUUACUUGUUUCUGUUUCAGCAGUUUCUACAUCAUAAUCAGUGUUUUGUGUAUGCGUUUAGUCAUAAUUUAUAGUUGUAUAAUUAUUUUUUUUAUGGUUGAAGAGUAGGAUCUAAUGAAGAAAAAAUACAGACCGUAUCAGCAGGCCUCAAUAACAGCAGGACAAUCAGCUACACUGUAUCUUAAAAUUUAACAAUAUUCCAGGGGAUUCUGUCCCUCCAUCACCAUGGAUGUAAAAUGAAAAUUGUUUUAUGUCUAAAAUCUGAAAAUCAAUCCAGUUGUAUUUAUAAGAACUCUUUCUCGCAGUGGUUCACUCCAGACAUGUUGUUACAGGCAUUGACUUUUUCACUGCAGUGUGACAGUGUUGUUUUGACAGAAGCCCAGAUGUGUUCAAGGUUAUCAGAUUCCAUUAUGGCCAUUUAUGCACACUGUAAUCUACCGGCAUCAUACAGAAUUAAAUAUAUUCAUGUGUAAUAA